AUGGAGAUUGAUCCAGAACUUAAACAGGAACCUCCUGGCUCAGAUCACUCAGAACAUAGCACCGUCGCCUCACCACCGCCGGCAAUUAGUCCUGGUACCAGGUCCAAGCAACCGGAAGGCCAGCUGGGUCAAGAAGACCAUUUCAGAGAAGAAGGAGGAGUAGAGCCUGUGAUGCUUGUCGAGCUCGAAAAACGAAGUGUGAUACUCCUGAUCAUGGUCCGUGUUCUGCGUGCGUAUCUGCCAGCUUGGUCUGUAAAUUCUCGGGGGGUGAGGAUCGAAGGCGGGCUGGACCUGCGAGGUCUGCGUGUAAGAGCUCUAGAAAGCACGGUCCAAGAGCUGACUCGCAAACUCGCCGAAGCCGAGAAUAAACUUCAACACAUUGCCCUCUCUGGUAGCGAGACCGGAUCUACAGAGAAGCCUCCGCAUUCACCUAUAAACUCCGAAUUUAGUAUCACCAGCCCACGUUUCAGAGGCUCUACAUCAAGCCACGAACGCCAACCAUCCCGCAGCUCUCCGAAGAACGAUGCAUAUGGCGAACCAGGAGGUUAUGGUGGGGCACGCAAGGAUCAAAGCAGACACGAGUUGUAUCAAAAUGAUGGAACUUCGUGGGAUCAUCAUAUCUUCGGUCCGAGCUCAUGUCCGAGCUUUUUGCACUCCUAUAAUGACUAUCUUUCUCGUCUUGGUUACAGGCCGCCUCCGGCGUCAAAUCCCACGAUGAAUACAGGGGGGCCGCCAUCCCCAAAUCCGAAUACACGGAUACCAAACCCGUCGGUACCGGAUAAAUAUCUUCCCUUCGACUUACGAGCCCUACUUCCUCCACUUAAAUUGGCAAAGCAGAUGUUUGAAGUAUUUCGGACAACGGUGCAGAAUUACACGCCGAUAUUUUAUUGGCCAGCUUUGGAAAAAAAGAUUGAGCGGGCAUGGAAACUUCCCAUAUGGGAUGGGGAUAACGAGGCGGUGAGAAGUGUUUUUUGUGUAAUUAUGAUGUUGCUAGCGGUAGCAAAUCAAUUUAUCGAACCUGGAGAGCUAGACGAGCCGGAGGGUGGAGAUUGGGCACAUGUGCAGGAAAGGAACGGAUGGAUGUUCUUUGAGUUUGGACGAAAAUAUUCGAAUCUGAACAAUCCCGAUUACACCAUCGACGACGCCAUAUGUGCCAUGGCUCGUGUGUGUCAGGAUAUUGGCAUUUACCGCCGUACUCCAUCCGGGCUCUAUAAUGACGUUGAAAUUGAAUGUCGAACUCGUCUUUUCUGGGUUGCAUAUAUCCAAGACCGGAAGAUUUCGAUGAAACUUGGCCGACCCGUAAUAUUUCUCGAUCAACAUAUCGAUGUCGGUCUUCCGGGACUUCCUGGUAGCAAGAGAGGGGAUAAUAACCAAGAGAACGAUAACCAAGGCACUCAAGGCGGCCAAGACGAUCAAGGCUCAUCAAGAUCCCCUGGAGUAACCAAUAUGAUAGAUCGUCAAGACGAUUUCAACGACGAAGAAACAGAAACAUCCUUGCAGGUGUUUAAAGCAACGAUCUAUAUCGCUAAGGCCAGUGAAAAUUUGUUGAAUAUUGAAUUGAAGCAAAAUGGUGGCGAGGAGGAUGUCAAACAUUUGCAGAACAUAGAUGAAAUGUUGAAGAAGGCGUGGGAGGUUUUUCCAUCGGAAAUGACAGAUUUGAGAAGAUCAGAUGUUCUCGACCUUCCCGCAGUAAGACCAUUAUUCCAUCUUCAACACUCACGUAUCAUUCUUUACCGCUAUUUUACCGACUUUACCGGCACCCCCUCCCUUCUUCGUGAGUUCCGGACUUUCUGUCUCGCUCAGUCAAUUCAGGUUGCCAAAAUUACAGCUCAUAUAUUAUCUCGAGUGAUCAAAAACCCCGAGUUUGAUCGUAUUUUUGGUCUCCGCACCGAUGAGCUCGUCCUUAUUCAUACGUUCCGUGCAGCGACAGUUCUGCUUCUUGGUCAUUACUGCAAUGAUCGCUCUCUACUUGAUGUUACCGCUGAUGAAGUAGGCGUUUGUGCAAGAGCAUUGAAGAGUGCUGCAAGAAGCCACUCUCUGGGUCAGAAAUUACUGGAAUUAUUCCAAAAUUUCGCAAAAAUGUUCGGUUAUCAGACUGGAGUCACGGGGGAGCUUCCCCAUCCAAUCCCGGAAGCAAGCGAAGAUACCAUCGACGAAAAAGCUGAAGAGAUUCAUGGUGUAUCAACACCAAAAGGUCCGUGGGAUAACGUUGAAUCCAGCAGCGCCAUCGCGACUCCACAAUACAAUAACGCUGUAUACGGCGGAUACCAUACCCUCCAAGGUAACACACCCCGCUGGAUACCGACCACCAAUAUCUCUCUCGUCCCGACAUACCAGCAACUGCUGCACUCAAGCCAACCUGUAACCCAGCCUCCUCCACUACCACAUCCACUUCCACAUCCACUUCCACAUCAACUUCCACAAUCACAAUCACAGGAACAUCACCAGACGCAUUCCGGGCUGAUAUUCGUGGACCCGGGCAUGGGAGGCGCAGGUUUACCGACUGCUGUUGAGGAAAAUCCACAGGGAUCCCUUCCAGAUCAACAAUCACCGAUGCCGCAUCAAAUUGAUUGGGAUGUGUAUCAGCAGAUGUUGACUUUUGAUCCAAAUUUCGAGGUAUAUAUGGGAGGACCUAGUCAUAGGCAUUUCUUAUACGAUAGAGGGGAGUAA